AUGGUAGUUAAAUGGAGAAGUACAGAGCUUGUGUUUAAAGGAAAGAAGCUAAGGUUUAGGGAGGAGAUUAUUAGUGUGGGGAAUUUCAAGAAAUGGGUUGUUGUUUGUACCCAGUCGAGGAUUCACUUCUUUGGAGAUGAGGACAUGACCUUGUCACGGCCAAUAAAAGCAGCUAUUGUGAAGGAAGAAGGUGUUUAUUACCAUCACAAGGAAAACAACCAUGUGAUGUUUAUUUCCCAUCCCUUUGAACCCGAGGAAUUUGUGUUCUUUCAUCACGGAUUUGUUCUCCGGGAAGUCAUAUCUGGAGAGAUGAUUCUGGAGGGGAGGGGAAGAUAUCUCCUUAGGAAUACAGGAAGAAAGGAAAUAGGACUGGAAGAUCCGAUAGAGUCCUCAUGCUCUGGAAUGGGAGACGACAACUUUGACGAGACCAACAGAACAAGAAUGCUGAUUGCUUAUAAGAUAGAGGAAGGAAUAAGAUGCCUUGUUGAGGACUAUGAAGAAGAUACCAAAAAUGAGGGGGGAAUAAAGAUGAGGAUCACUGAGUACGAAAAUUUCAUGGUUGGGAUUUAUGGGAAUACAGCAUUGUUUGUCCGGGUUGGGGGAAGUAAAGGAAGAGUGAAGAGAAGUAAGCUUCUAUCCGAAACCAAUGUAAGGUUCGAGAAGGAGGCCAAACACCUCAUAAAAUAUCGAAUGAGGCUUACAAGAGACAAAUAUCUCGAGUUUUUAAGGAUAAACGAUGUGCUCUUUAUGGGAAACGAGAUUAUGUGCUCUAGGAUUAGAAAAGAUCUGUGGCCAAAGUCGAGGAUUCCAAAGAAAUGGAUGCAGAACUAUUACAAGCCUUUCUGGUCAGGGAUAAAUGAGGUGGAGAAGAAUAUCCUUUCAUGCUAUCCAAGGGCGAUGCAAAGAGUGUUUAUGGGGGCAUUUCUUCAAAGCAAAGAGAAGAGAUUUGACCUUCUGGAGAUAACCGAGGAUGUUAUGGCAGGAAUUGAUAGAGUUCUGGACGAAUGGCUAGCUCGAUGCAAGAGCGUAUGGGAGUUUUUAGGAAUGGAGAUAGCUCCGAUUAAAGGUUUGGAGACGAUGUCCAGAUGCAAGGAGUUGAUUAAUUAUACCUGUCCUUCGCUCUCUGUAGGCCAAGAUGUGAUGAAUAUAAAGUUUAGGAGGAUCAUGAGAUGCAAUCUAGAUGCCAUUACAGGAUUGAAGUAUUCGGAUGUGAAGAAUCUUGGAUACAGAGUGAUUUAUAUGGAAAUGAAGAAAAGUAGGAUACUAGGAAGUACCAAGCCCACAAGGUCCAUCAAUAAACUGUGCAGAAUAGCUAAAAAGCACUUUGGGGACUCUCGGAUAGAGGAAGUGAUUUCUUUGUUUGAUGAGAAGCCAAUAAUAUUUGAGAUUGACGAGUACGACCUUGAAAACAAGAAGGAAAAAGGAUAUGUUCUUCGGAAGAUAUCGAACAUAGGAGGAGCAUAUUUGUUUUAUGGACUGGGGGUAGCAAAGGAAGAACAAAGUCCAGGACAACUAAGAUUCCCGAUCUACAAGAAUGGGGAAUUAGGAGAGAUUGAAAUUAAAGAUCCGGAAUGGAUGAAUUGGCCUAUGUUUAACUACUCUGUUUCUAGGAGUUGCGGGCUGAGCUCCUUUGAUGAGAUUUCACAUGAUUUUAUAGAGUCGAGAAUCUUGGAAUUUACAUCCACAGGAGAGGGAAACGAGUUUGAGGUGGCAGGAAGAAUAUUCGCAUUUGGGCUCCAGGGCCGGUUGGAAGGAGUUCAUCCCCAGAAGGUUGGGGAGUUUAUCACAGCAAAGUAUCCUGUAGUGUCCAUGGCGCUUCUGGCGGGAAUGGGGAUGAGUCAUCUUGGCAAGAGAGAUGACUUGUUAGGGAAAAUGUAUCUACAUUGCCUCAAGUCUCCACAGCCAUUGUAUAUCCAUGCUGGGUGUAUUGUUGGGCUUGGAAUGCUAUAUGCAGGAAGCGGAAACGUGUUUAUAAGGAACGUUUUAAGCUCAGAGGCAAACAAAAAAGGAGUCUUUGGAGAUGAGCAAUACAACAAAGGAAACAAGAUAUGGUACGACUACACAUACAGAGUUUUGUCAUCAAUUUCGCUUUCGAUGGUGUAUAUGAAAACUAGCCUCGACAUGUUCAAGUUCAUCGAGCUGGAAGAUUCUCUCUGUGAGCUCCUUACCAACGGGAUUGUUCUUUUCGGAAGCAAGCAGACGAGAUUCCGAAGUAAGUUUAAAAGAUCGGACACAAGUACGCCUGAAGAGGUUUUUUAUUCGGAGUUGUUCCUGCUUGGAUUAGAAAUGAACGAACAACUGGAUUCUAUUAUCGAGGAGGUGGCCAAAAAGAGCCGAGCAGCAAGUUUUUAUGAGCUUUACAGGGGAUCUGGGAGAUUAUUAUAUGUGUCUCUUUACCUUCUGUAUAAAGGAAUCAAGGUGGAUUUGGAAGGAAGUCUUUUCAAGUCCAUUCUAGAGGUGUGUCUUUUUGCAGAAAGAGCCAUGAGGGAAAACGAUGAGUUUAAGAUACUAUUUGAUGCAUCUCUUGUGUCUCUUUCGUUGAUAUCGAAUUCAUCUUGUAACCUUGAUACCAUCAGGAUUUUGAGGAGACAGAUCAAAGCAACAGAAACAGGGAAGUCCCUGGGAGAACAGACAGACCUCUUUUUUACAUCCAGUAGAUGUAAGCAAGAAGCCCAGCUCUCUAUGAGGUAUGGAGACAUUGAGAGAUACAAGAUGUGUCUUGGGAUAGUGACUUGCGGAAUGGGAACUUUGAAAAUUGCAUCGACUUUUCAUCUAGUUCUAGAUGUGAUUUCUACCUUCUUCAUCUGCUUUCCAAUCUCUCCAGUAGAUCAGGAAUACUUCAACAUGACCAGAUACUUCCUUCUUCUAUCGAUGAAGGAGAAUCCCGAGGGAUUCAAAAGCACAGUAAAGUACCUGAAGGAAACCAACAAAAGAAGCCGAAGGAAACUAAGGAGGGACAUGUCCAGAAUCAAUAAGAUCUUCCUGAAGGAGUAUUCGGAAGCAUCGGAUGCAGACAAGAAAUUCAUCAUUGACAUACUGACAGACUUCUAUGAGAAGUAUGCAGAAAGCGAUAAUUUGCUUGAUGUUGAAAUGCUGAAAAACAUAGCGUGUAAAACACCAUAA